AUGUCAACUGUUUGUUACACUAGACAAUGGAUUGCUCCUUUGGAUGUUCAACAACCCAAACCUCCUUAUAAUCCUCAGAUUUUAGCUUUACUUUAUGCUUUUCCACCCCCUACUGUCGAACUGUUACUGCUUUGUCCCAAAGGUGGAAUCAGAUUGAGAUGGGUCAAGGCCCACAAGAAUAACCAAGACCAAGUUAUCCUUUAUCAUGAAUAUUUCAUCAAUCAUGACUUCCUCUUGGUUGGCUUUGAGGAAUAUCUCCAAGAUAUUUUUUCUGUUCAACUUUUCAACUUCCCUUUAUGGUUCCUUGAACUUUUUCAACAAUUGGAUGAUGAAGAAAACCAGGUUGAUGUUCUUCCAUUCCCCAGGGUUAUAUACAAGUUUCGAAAACGGCGGUAG